UGCGAAGGGGAAAAAAAAAAAGAAAAAGAAAAAAAAAUGGCUUAUUGUCUGAGCAGAUUUAGCCACACUUCUCCUUCUUAUUAUCUCUGCUGCAUUUCCUAGCAUGACUUCAAAGAGGGAGAAAGCUGCAGACAUCCAGAAGGGAGAAGAAAAAGAAACGGAGGAAAACUGAGAGAGAGAAAAAGAGAGAGAGAGAAAACGGGACAAGAGGGAAGAUUCGGAGGAAAAAAAGAUGCAGCCGUUUGAUGUGCUUUGGAGAGUAGGUUGACCCCCUCUUCUUUGUGACAAUCCCUGAAAUAUUGGAACACUGCUAUCAUGUCACCCCUGGUCCAGUGGCCAGAAGCUGAACGCUGGCAGAGGAAGGAAAACUGAUUUGGAACCAUCCAAUCUGAUUUCUUCCUCCCCACCUUGGAUCCAUCCAUGGGAUGAUAGAAGGAACAUGGCCACUGAAAAUUUUGCGGAAAUCUUGAACAGACUCAAGGAAACACACGAGAAAGAAGUCCAGGGCCUGCAAACCAAACUGAAUGAACUAACCAAUGAGAAAUGUCGAGACAACCAACGAAUUGAAGAGCUCUUUACCAAAAACCACCAACUGCGUGAACAACAAAAGGGACUUAAAGAAAACGUGAAAGUUUUGGAAAACAGGUUGCGAGCUGGGCUCUGCGACAGAUGCCAAGUGACCCAAGAACUUGCAAAGAAGAAGCAACAUGAGUUUAUGAAGGCCCAUUUUCAAAGUCUUCAACACAUCUUCAUCCUAACUAAUGAAAUGAGUAAGCUGAGAGAGGAAAACAAGAGCCUGAAGGAAGAUCUGAAGAGGUUAUGUGGCCCAGAAGACAGGCCGAAAACUUUCAAAGGGCAGCCCAGAGAAGGAAACUUCGUCCCAGGCGUGUCUUUGUCUAGCCUCUCAAGCCGAAGCAGGAAACCGAGUGCGGGAAAAAACGUGAGCCCAGAAAUGGAAGACGAGUAUCCCGAGCCGCUGGAAGGAGAUCAGUCUCCUGAACACAGACUUUCUCCAGAAAGCAGGAUCUCCCCUAACAUUCUUCUCCAAGGAGACCAUGCUCUGGAUAUGAGCUCUCAGAAGACGAUCAACCAAUUGCAAGGAACCAUUGAGCUGAUGAGAACAGGAUCCCGAGCCUCCUCGCAAGAAAGAGAUUACCCAGAAAGUGGCUCCCCACCCCUUACAAGCAAAGCACCACCAUCUCCUCAUUGCGAUCCAAGUCCCAGGUUUGAAGCAUUUUUAAGAUCCAACAAAUCGGAUUGCCGAGCCUCCCCCUCGUCCUGUGAGAACCUGAGGUUCGCCACCAAAAAGGAACAGCUCUACCUCUUCAACCAAAGUUUAGCCCUGCAUCAUCUUGGCCUCCGGAAUAACUCAGCCAGCAAAGAGGGCGAUUUCCCUCACCACCUGUUACUGGCGAAGGAAGUCGGCAGUCGAAUGAAGCCCCCAGAUGAGUGGGAAGACCAAGCGGCCAUCUUGGAACUUCCUGGUGCUAUGUUGUACAUGAAGGACCGUCAUUUGGAAAAUGGGCUCCAGCUUCUUAGCAGCUCGGAGAAAUUCCGUUGUUUGUUGAUGCAGCAGGAAGGGAAAGGAAGAAGCGAGGAAAGUUCAGAUCAGACCCCUUCGCUAUCCCCAAGAGUCGGUAAAGAAGGGAAGAAGGAAAGACCCUGUCCAGAGGAUUUGAUGGAUGAGACACUAGAGCAGCUGUUCCAUGUCAACAGAGAAAACCCGGACCGAGGAGAGAAAGCCACAUCUGUGCAGGACAAUACCACGGAAGCCCCUCUGGAUUUAUCGGAUUAUGGAAGGGGAAGAGAAAGAGAAAGUGGCACCAAUUGGCACCACCAGUCCUCAGUGAAACACGAAAGGCGAAGUCCAGGCGGAGAUGAGAAUGAGUACUCUGUUGUUCAGAAAACCUGUUUGUCCAGCUGGCUCAGUACAACUCAGAAACACCAUUACGGGAACCAACAACUGGAACCAUUCACGUCUGGAGCCAAGGAAAAUAUAGCAGUUUCUCCGAUAUCUUUGCCACAAGAACCUGCCACAUCCAAGACAUCUUCACACGAUUCUACUGCUGACCCAGAAGUCAAGAUGCCUUUUCGAGUGGAGAAUCAAGACCCUAAGCGGCCAGAUAACAGCGAUUCUGACUCACUAACCGAUGGCUCGGAUGGGACAGUCGUAUCUGAGAGUGAGAUGGUUGAUAUUCGUGAAGAGAAAGCUCUCCCAGGAGGUUCGGUAAAAGAAAACUACUGCUAUGCAACUGAGAAAAUUCAGAAUUUGCAGAAGAAACGGAAAAGGGGACGUGAUUCGUCAAUAAAAGCCCUGACAAAACUCGGGCUGUGAAAAUGUUAAACAGGCAGCAGAGAAGAAGAAAAUGGAGCAAGCCAUCGGACCUGCUGAACAUAUAGAAGAGAAUAUUUGGCAGCUCAGGGUUGAACUGUGGGGUCAUCGGUGUUCAUCGGGGGUUUUCUUGCAGACGUUUCGUUACCAAAAUAGCUAACGUCAUCAGUGAUAGAAGGGAGUAGGGUUUUGCUCUAAGUUAAUACUAGACCAGGGGUCAGCAACCUGCGGCUCCGGAGCCGCAUGUGGCUCUUUGGGACCUCUGCUGUGGCUCCCUGUCAGGUGAUCCCACCAUUGGCUGGCUCCCCCCUCGCCCUCCUCCCCCAAUCACUCCUUGCCUGGCCUGAGAAGGUAAGGGCGACAGUGAUGGAUGGAGAAGCGGCCAGAGCAGAGACAGAGAGAUACAGAGAGAGGGAGAGGGAGAGAGAGA